UUGUUUUUGGUUUUGCAAGAGAAUUGGUGUUUUGUUUCCUUGUCUUAUUUUAAAUAUACAUAAGACAUUCCUGAAUGCUCGUUUUUUGGACAUCUUGAAUUGAGUUGAUUGAUUUUUGGGAUAUUUUUUAAGAUAUACCCAAAUUUUUAAAAAUCGUAUAAUUAUAUAUCGUUGAAUUCACUUAAUGGAGAUGCUAAAUUUCAUUGCCAAUUUUUGCGUUUUUGUGCUUUUCAUUUGUGAGGCGUAUGAAGUUCCAGAAACAAACGUCAUGGAUGACUUGUUUUACGAAUACUAUCGUGAGGCCAGACCUGCCACAAAGCGAAAACCAGUCGUAAAAGUUUCCCAUCAGCUCUCCAUAAACAGGGUGAUAAGUCUGGUGGACAAUCUCUUGGUGAUUGACACUUGGCAAGUGAUAUCGUGGGAGGACCCACGUCUAGAAUGGGACAAGUCUUACCAUGAAGACGUGGAUUCACUCAAUCUUGAUCCAUCAAAAGUUUGGAAACCCGACAUUGUCAAUUUCAACAAUGCUGGAGGUAACUCUGGACUGAUUUAUAAUAAUCUCCCUUUGGUUGUGUACCACACUGGACAAGUGGUGUACAUCCCUCCUACCCGCCUGACCACACAAUGCACGCCCAACGGAGAGGUUUUCCACUGCAUUUGGACUUUUGGUUCCUGGACACAUGACAUAAGAAAGCUGGACUUGAACAACACUCAGGGAAGAUUAGAUAUGUCUGAAUAUGAAGAGAGUCCUAAAAUCGCCAUCAUCGGAUCCUCCGUUCACAGAAGGUUGAAGAAGUACGCCUGUUGUCCAGAUAGGUACGCAGUGGUGACGUAUAAUCUUACCAUCAGGUGGAAAGACACGGACAGAUUCAGAGGCCUCGAGCCGUUACAGAUGCCAGAGAUGUCUUCCAAUACCACUUCUAAAGGUCUUCUCCAGAAUGAUGCACACAUCGAGUCCUCGGAUGAUCCUCCAAAGGAAGUGCUGUCUGAAAAGGAACAAGUGAACGUCACAAAGGAUAAAUCUGUUUACUCAAACGAAAGCUACGAAACAUCUGGAGAACGAGAAGAAAAUCCACCAGAGUCAAUCCAAGAAAGCGACAAUGACCCGGUUGUAACUGAAAGUGGAAAUGUGGAUGAAGUUGCAACUGAAAGUGGAAAUGUGGAUGAAGAAACUGUGACUCCAGCAGACGACAUUAAUGCUGAACAAAGUGAACAAGUCGAAGAACACAGUGAAGAGCAUUCUGUAACAGAAGAUGGAAGAGAAGUUGGAGGGGAAGACAUGGAAAGUCCGAGAGAGGGCGAGGGUGAAGUAAAAAAGAAGGAGGUGGUUUCCAAAGAAACGACAACAGAAGCAACUUCCGGACUGAAGAAAGUUUUAGGUGUUUUUAAGUAUUUUAGUACGUAAACGCGCGAAGGGUUUUUUUUUUAUUAAAAAAACAUGAAAAACAUAUUUCAAGGACGCUAUAAAUCGAAGUGUGAAUGACUCUGUUACUGCAUAAUUCAAAGAAUGGAUAUUUUGUUAUUUCUAUAGCGUUUACGCUCCUGAACAAAUCCCCCCACCAAACACACACACACACACACCCUCACACACACACACACACACACACACACACACACGCACGCACACACACACACACACACAGAGGAUUUCCUGUUGAUUGUGUCUGAUCCCUGUAAAUUCUGUUGAAACAUUGCGAAAGGAAGCGAAAAUACCUUGUUUUAAAGGAGAGUCUACUUUUUUUUUUUUUUUUUUUUUUUUACAUAUACUAGUCUAUACACCCAAAAGAAUUGGACGCUAAAUCUGAUGCGUGUUGAAUUUAUUGAUAAAUGUACAUUAUCACAGUUAAUUAAUAUGUAUGUGUAUGCUAAACGUAAUAUGAUUUGAUAUAAAUCCGGUGCAAGUUCUUUAUAAGAAAAUGUUUAUAUAUUCGAUAUAUUUCAUUUUUAAAAUCCAUGUAUAUUUUAAUCUUUACUAAACCGGUGAAUAAAUAAAUGAAUUUUG